AUGUCUCAUAAUAUUCCUCAAUAUUCUGCUUCUGAUUACUUCAAGUUUGCUCUGGCGGGAGCUAUUGGUUGUGGUACUACCCAUAGUUCGAUGGUACCAAUUGAUGUUGUUAAAACCAGAAUCCAACUAGAGCCUAAUGUCUAUAAUAAGGGCAUGGUUGCAUCCUUUAGAAAAAUCAUCGGUCAAGAAGGCGCUACAGCACUUUUGACUGGUUUUGGUCCAACUUUGUUGGGUUACUCUUUGCAGGGCGCUUUCAAGUUUGGUGGAUAUGAAGUCUUCAAGAAACUGUUUAUCGACAUAUUAGGUUAUGAUACAGCAUCUAAAUACAAGAAUUCUGUUUACAUGGGAUCAGCUGCUAUAGCAGAGUUUUUUGCUGAUAUUGCUUUGUGUCCUUUAGAAGCAACUAGAAUUAGGUUGGUUUCUCAACCUCAAUUUGCCAAUGGCCUAUUCGGUGGCUUUUCAAGAAUUUUGAAAGAGGAGGGUGUAGGAUCUUUUUAUAAUGGUUUCACCCCUAUUUUAUUCAAACAGAUUCCAUAUAACAUUGCCAAGUUUCUAGUAUUUGAACGUGCUUCUGAAUUUUAUCUCAAAUUUACUGGACCCAAGGAUAGAUUAUCUGAGACAGCAUUGACAGGUAUUAAUCUUCUUUCGGGUUUAACUGCUGGUUUAGCAGCUGCGAUAGUUUCUCAACCAGCCGAUACUUUGCUAUCAAAAGUGAACAAGACAAAGAAAGCCCCUGGGCAAUCAACUGUUGGACUACUUGCACAAUUGGCUAGACAAUUAGGCUUUGUUGGUUCGUUUGCCGGUUUAACAACGCGUUUAGUCAUGGUUGGUACAUUAACUUCCUUACAGUUUGGUAUCUAUGGUAGUUUGAAGAAAACUUUAGGUUGUGGUCCAACAAUUGAGAUUGGUGGCGGAGGUCAUUAA